GGCGACAUGUAUCCUCCGCCCGAGUGGGCUCUGGCGGGAUAACGGAAAGCCCGUCUUGUUUCUCACUUCUUGCUUCUUGUUGUCUCUCAUCUGCUGUUCAACGUGCUGUUUGCACAGAUCUGGUUUCCGCCUACAUAAGAAUCUUGGUCCCCAUUGUCUGUUGCCUCUGGAUGGUCUCCUCUCUGAGACUCAAAGCAGAAAUUCUGAAGACCAAACUUCGCCCUUACAUUCACGCGCUCAAUCAUGGACAAGUCUCAUCCCACCCAAGCUCCUUUGGGAGAUACGGGGUUCACCCUCGACGCACCAGCAAGCCCGAUACCCUACUUCUUUGCAACGUUGCUGGCGGCCUUCUUCAUCUACUCUAUGCAGGGUCCCAAGAUCAACCUCCCAUCAACCAACCAGAAGAAAUUUUUCGAGCUCACCAAUAGCCGGCCAAAGAAGUACUACCUCGCCAACGCGAGAAGUAUCAUGGGCCAGUGGUUCAGCGCAAACCCGAACAAGCCCAUGAAGAUGGUCAGCGAUAUGGACGAGUCGAUUGUGCUGCCGCCAAGCAUGGCCAACGAGAUUCGCAGCCACAACCACCUAAGCUUCACCGAGUUUUCGCAAGCGUUCUUCCAGGCAAAGUAUCCUGGCUUCGAGGCGUUUACCGUUGGCAACCACGGCAGCCCCCUUUUAACCGUCAUCAACAAGGACUUGACGAAGCAGCUCGCCAAGGUCACUGAGCCUCUAGCCGGCGAAACUUCCCUGGCCCUCAAGCACAUCUUCACAGAAAACAAGUAUUGGCACGCCAUCCACAUGCGGCCCACCGUCCUUCAACUCAUCGCCCGUGUAUCCUCCCGCGUCUUCCUCGGUACAGAGCUCUGCCGCAACGAAGCUUGGCUCGAUAUCACCAAGAACUACACCCUCGACGGCUUCACGGCCGCAGACCGACUCCGCGAAUACCCCCUGUUCCUUCGAGCAUUCGUCCACUGGUUCCUGCCCGUCUGCCAGUCUGCGCGCAGGCGGGUCCGGGAUGCCGCCACCAUCAUCCAGCCCAUCAUCGACAAGCGUAACGCCUUAAAGGCUCAGGCUGUUGCCGAUGGCAGACCCGAGCCCGAGUACCUGGACGCAAUUGAUUGGUUCGAGAAGGCCUCCAAGGCCAAGGGGGUUACGCUCGACCCGUCUCUAUGCCAGCUUUUCCUAUCAACGGUUGCUAUACACACCACCACGGAUCUUCUGGGCCAGGUGCUGGUCGACCUGGCGAAGAAUCCAGACGUCAUCAAGGACCUCCAGAAGGAGGUGAUCACAACUCUGAACGAGAGUGGCUGGAAGAAAAACUCGCUGUACAACAUGAAGCUUAUGGACAGCGUCAUCAAGGAGAGCCAGCGCCUGAAACCUCUGCAGCUUGCAAGCAUGCAGCGAAUCGCCACGGCGGACGUAACGUUAUCCGACGGAACGUUCAUCCCCAAGGGAGCUUGCGUGGGCGUCUCUUCUCACGCCCUCUGGGACCCGGAAGUGUACCCGGAGCCGGAGAAGUGGGACGGCUAUCGGUUCUACCGCCUGCGAGAGGAGCCCGGCAAGGAGAACUUCGCGCAGCUGGUCAGCACUGCCCCGGAGCACCUCGGCUUCGGUCACGGCAAGCACGCCUGCCCCGGACGCUUCUUUGCCGCGAACGAGAUCAAGAUCGUCCUCGCACACAUCCUGCUGCAGUACGAGUGGAGACUGCCGGUUGGCGCCAAGGCUGAAGUUUUUGAGUAUGGCAACAGUCCUAUCAUGAACCCGCAGUUGGAGAUCGAGAUCCGGAGACGGGCUGAUGAGGUCGAUUUGGAGAAGUUCCGAGAACAGCUUGUGUGAUUACUUGUAGCAUGGUAGGGAGAGUGUGAUCAACCUCAUCAAUCAAGGCUGGUGAUACAACGAGCAUUUGGGAGCAUGGGCAGUGGGAAACUUUAGACGGUUUUUUGACUCGGAGCCUUUACCCCUUGGUUUGAAUAGAUAUGCCUAUUCCUUGGGGGACUUUCAUCCACAUCCGGACCUCAUGUGUGACUAUAGUCCAGUCUAUUGGCUAUCUUCAUAAACAUUUUCAAGUACGAUGUCGUCAUCCUCGACGCCGAACAACGC